GUCUGUCUCUGGCCGACAGCUCCGCCCAACCGGCUCACCGAGAGCAAGCACUAACACGUGAAAAGCCGAACGCUUAGACACCGAAGCGUCCUGGUCUGCGCCAAAGCGAGUGUAUUCAGACAUAUCAUAACUAUUACACCAACAUGGUGGCUGUCUGAAAAUAAAAUUCCCAAAAAGAAGAAGUUGGAAGAUGGCCCAGAAAGACACGCUUCUGCAUCUCUUUGCUGGAGGGUGUAGCGGUACUGUGGGAGCCAUCGUGACCUGCCCUUUGGAGGUGUUGAAGACAAGACUACAGUCCUCGGGACUCACCCUCCGGCCCGUCUUCCAGGUCCAGCUUGGCACCCUCACUGGAACCGGGGUCAUCCGACCAGGCACUGUAACGCCUGGGCUGCUGCAAGUCUUACGAUCAAUCCUCGAGAAAGAGGGACCAAGAUCUCUUUUCCGUGGUCUGGGGCCAAAUCUGGUCGGCGUGGCUCCCUCAAGAGCCAUUUACUUUGCCUCAUAUUCCAAAUCCAAAGAGCUUUUCAAUGGGAUGCUGGUUCCCAAUAGUGGUGCUGUACACAUGUCCUCUGCUGGUAUUGCAGCUUUUGUUACAAAUUCCCUGAUGAACCCCGUCUGGAUGGUCAAGACUAGGAUGCAGUUGGAGAAAAAAGCCCGGGGAGAGAAAAAGAUGAAUGCCUUGCAAUGCGCCCGCCACGUUUACAAAACGGAGGGCGUCCGGGGCUUCUACCGUGGCCUAACCGCAUCCUAUGCCGGCAUCUCUGAGACCAUGAUCUGCUUCCUCAUCUAUGAGACACUCAAGAAGCGGCUUGCUGACCAUCAGCUGUCAUCCCCAAAUAAUGAAAAUGAGAAAAAAGCGUCUGACUUUCUACGCUUGAUGAUGGCAGCUGCUUUCUCAAAGGGGUGUGCAUCCUGCAUAGCCUACCCACAUGAGGUGAUUCGGACAAGACUGCGUGAGGAAGGCAGCAAGUACAAGUAUUUCUUUCAGACCGGGAGGUUAAUAGCUUUGGAGGAAGGCUAUGCAGCUUUUUAUAGAGGACUCAUUCCGCAGCUGAUUAGACAAAUCCCCAACACGGCCAUCGUCCUGUCCACAUAUGAACUCAUUGUCCAUCUACUGGGAGAGUCCAAGUAAAAAAAAAAAGGCCGUUUGGUGACUUGGGUUUUUCUUUCCGGCAAACGUUUCAUGGUCGCACCAUGA